AUGAUUGAUAUGGAUACUGAAAAUAAGAAAAUUGAAGAUAGAUUAGUUUGUGUUGAUUGUAUAUCUGAGAAUCCAUUAAUUAAAUAUUAAACAAUUGAAAAUGUAAAUAAAUUAUGGAUUGAUUAUAAUUCAUAAUCUGAAAAUAUAUUAUAAGAAUAUAAAAAGGAAAUUAAGCAUAAAAAGAAUGAAUUAUUCAAUUAAAUAUCUUAAAUGAGAAAAAAUUAUAAUUUAAAAUUGAAUGAAAUUAGUGAUAAAUUAAUUUAAGAAUAAUUUUAAUCAAUUUCAAAACCUAAACAAUCUAAUUAAAUUAAAACUAUUUCAAUAUAAACUUUAUAAGAUGAAUAAUUAUUAAAGGAUUUAAAAUAAUUAAUAGAAAAAGAAAAAGUCAAUUCAAAUUAAACUAUAACAACUUUAAAAAAUAAAGAUUCAAUUUUUUAAAAAGAAAUUGAAAAUCAUUUAGAAUCAUUAAAAUAAUAUGAUUAAUUAGAUAUUUAAUAAUCAAUAGAUAUACUUAAAGAAAUACCAAGUAUUAAUUUAUAUAUAUAUAAAUUUUUAUAGUUGAAAGAAAUGUAAUUGUAUAAUUAUAAGAAGUAAUCUCUUAAAUAUCUAAGAUUCCAUCUACAAAUGAUAAUAAUUAUUAAGAUUAAGUAGAAUUUAUUAAGAAUAUUUAAGAAUUCAUUGAUUAAGCUAAAAAAUAUUAAUGUUAAAUAAAUUUAUUUGAUUAGACUAUAACAUUAUUUUAAUAACAUACUAAUAAUAUAGAUUAAAUAUAAUCAAAAAUUUAAAAUUAAAUUGUAAAUAAAUAAGAAUAAAUACAAAUUUAAUAUUAGAAUUUAUCAAAAUUAUUAAAUGAUUAUAUUAUAAUAUUUGAUAAUAAAACUAAAUAAAUUAAGAAAUAUUGUAAUAUUUCUAAAUUAGAGAUGGAUUUAAUAAAAUUAAAUGAAUUAAAUUCAAAUUUAGAAAUUUAAAGUAAUUUAAUUAAAUUAAUUAAUAGAAACAAAUAUAUAAAAUUAAAUGUCAAAAUAAUUAGAUGAAAAACAUCAAUAAUCUUAAUAAUUAUUAAAAGAAUAAUAAGAUAAAUGUAUAUUCAUAUAUAUAUAUAUAUUAUUUUUAUAGAUUAAAAAUAAAUUGAUGACAUUAAUCUAAAAUUACAAUCAAAUGAAAAAUUAAAUUUAAAUUUAAAACAUUAAUUUGAUUUAAAAACUUAAGAAAUAAUCAAUCUAAAAAAUUAAAAUGAACAAGAUAAAUUAAAUAUUAUUAAAAAUAUUGAAGAUUAAAGUAUUCAAUAUUAUUAUUAUAAAUAGAAAAUAAAGAAAUAACAGAAAUUAAUAAAAGAUUAAAUUAAAAGGAAUCAGAAUUAUAAACAAUCUAAAAACAAUUUGAUUAAAUUAAUCAAGAAAAGUUAUAAAAAGAAAAAUAAUUAAAAUUAGACUUAGAAAAAGUAUAAUAUAAUUAUAAUACUUUAUUAAUAUAAUAGAUUUAACAAUAUCCAAAAACAUUAUAAUUUAGUGUUACUUAUAAGGGUGUAAAUUGUUAAGUAACUGAAGGUGGAAAAGUUGUUGAGUGUCCUGGUGGUAGUUACUAUUAUUGUCUUUGUGAAUAAGCAAUUCCAAAGACUGGGAAAAUAUUGUUUGCAUUCUAAAUUCUCAGUUUAACAUCUAGUAUGUUUAUUGGAAUUGGAUUUAGAGAUAUUAUAUCAAAAAAUAAUUAUUAAAAUGGAGGAGUUGGGUAUGGGUAUAGGUAUUAAAUUAUAAUAGAUCAUAUAUGAUACGUUCAGAUGGUUGUAUAUACUCACAUCAUAAUAAAGAUAUAUAUGGUAAAUAAUUAUCAUUUACAUAUACAACUAAUGAUAUAAUCAUAAUGGAAGUAAGUAUUGAACAUAAGUAUAUUAAAUGGACCAGAUAAAAUAAUCCAUUAGCAACAGUUGUAAUUAUCAAAUCUAUUAUUAGUAGAUGGAAAUAGAUACAUCCAUAUCAUAAGAAUUAUAUCCAUGUGUAUUCAUUUAUUAAUCAUCAAAAAUUAAAAUAUUGGAUAAUAUUAUUUUCUAAGGAUAUUUACAAUAUUAUUCUUAAUUUUAAAGAAAUAAAAUGUGGUGUUUUAUGCUAAAAACAAUAAAUUUUAUUUAAAUACAAUUCUAUAAUUUCAACAAGAAAUUAUUCAAUAUUAAAAAAGGCGAAAAUUGA